AUGCCAAAUGAACUUGAAUUGAAUAUCCCCUCGUCUAAUAUGUUACUUGCUGUUUCUACGCCUCAAUCUGCUGUUUACAAACCUUCUGCUGAAAACUCUACGCAUACCCCUGAUUCUCCUAAGUCCAUAUCGGAAUUAGCAACAAGUAUCUCACAAUUGAACAUUGGAGUAGAGAUUCCAACAUCACCCAAUCAUACACCAAAUCCUAACCCUAUGCCGAUAUCUCUCAAACCCUUUACAGCUCACACGAAAACAUUCAAUCCUAAUCCCGUCAUUUUUCCUCAGGGAUUCUUCCUGAUUUUCCCAUCUGACAAAGACAUCAAGAUGACAUCCGCUGCUGAAUCAGCACUACAAGAAACUCGAGCCUUACAAGAGAUCAAUAGGGCUAAUAAGAACUUGGCCAACAACAUCAAUUUCACCAAUCUUUCGAAAGACGGAUCAAAUUUUAUUGUGUGGAAGAACAACGCGUCAAGAGCCAUGAAGGCGCUGUUAAGCAUCAAAGACUAUUGGGAAUCAGCUAAACCAAUCUUAACUUACAAUCAACCGGCUUUGCCUGGACCAGUGACUUGA